AUGGGUCAAGGGUCUUCACAACCGACUGAUGGAGCUCAUUUUGUUCAGAACGGAGAAGCUCACGAUAUAAACGUUCAAGUCGCAAACUCACAGCCUAAAUCACCCGAUAUUAUAGCUCCGCCAACCGGUGAAUCGCGAAAGAAUCACGAGACAGUCCGCAAGCGGAAGCGAAAAUCAUCAAACGUCAAUUCACAGCCGAAGUCUCCGGAGGCUGCAAAUCGACAAAACGAAGAGUCGCAGACUACCCAGGAAAGAAAUCCCAAGCUCAACCGGGAACCUUCUGACGUCGACUUCAACAUGGCGCGACCCUCAAUCAAUCAGUCUCCUUUAACCAAGCGCAAAAAGCUUGUCGACUCGCUUGAGAGCAAACUUCCCUCACAGCCCAAUGGAAGCACCAACCCGAGGCCUUCUAAGUCGCAAAACAACCCUUCCACAAGACCUGAAAGCCAGGGUUCAAAGUCGGAGCCACGAACGCCAAAGAAAGUAGUGCAGAGAGUUGCAAGUCACAAGGGGUCACCGUCAGUUUCGGCAAGCAUUCGCGGCUCGCUGGCAAGGCAGACGCCGGAUAAGUCGAAUCGUAGUGGCGCAACGGGAGUGUUCCAACCGGAAGAGGUCAAAGCUCUGGAGAAGUUCAAAGUCGAGUUUUGCAACACGAAUAACUGUUCGCUGGCGACAUUUGAUCAAAUGGUGCAACAUGGCAAGCAAGGAAGCUUUCCCGGUGAGAGGUGGAUUGGAAAAAGGCCCUUUUGGAAAAGUGCUUUUGAGGUCCUCCCGGAUCGAGAUCGCAGAUCUGUCUUGCGGUUUAUGAAACGCCACUUCCAAGGGUCGGAUCAGAAGUCACAUGUGUGGACAGAAGAGCAGGAGGCCGAGCUGGUGGCGCUUAUAAGGCAGCACGGAACUCAGUAUGCCAGAAUAGCUGAUAUGCUAGGCAGAAGCUACGACGAUGUUGUUCAGAGGUGGAAAAAUCGCCUUGAGCACCAGGACAAAAUGAAAAUCGGUGUAUGGUCAGAAGACGAGCUCGAUGCUCUGCGGAGCGCAUUGACAAUCGCCUGGAACAAAUCAAAGGAACACGGCUACGACGUGGGGGAGGACAUCUACGAGAUGGACGAGUCACUCAUUUCCUGGGGCGAAGUGAGCAAGAAGAUGGGACACGUCCGAUCAAGACAACAAUGCGCAGACAAGUGGCGCAGGAUCAAGACCAAACGCAACAACUCGCAGCCAAAUUCUCGAAGCGGAACACCUGCAACCCCACGGCAAUCGUCAAGGCGACCAUCAAGAGGCCCUUCUCGAUUCAGAAGUUCCCAGUUCGUUGAGGAUUCGGAUGGUGACGAUUCGGAUGGGCAAGAUGACGAUGCGGCUAGCCAGGAAAAGGGCUCUACAUCCGUGCAAUCACGGAAAAAAUCACCUAUCAAGAAGAAGCAUACACCGCGCAAGGAAGCUUCUUCCUCCGAGAGUCAAUCUGGUUCCGGCUCCGAAGCAGCUUCAGAGCCCAAAGACGACUCUGAGGGUGAUUCUAGUUCUUCGUUUGAGUCCGAGUCUGAAAAGGAACAAACGACAGGGAAGAAGUCAAAAUUGACAGCCGCCAAGAGCGACACCAAUCCCAAAGAUAAGACGCUGUCUAGUAAAAAGCCGGAAACAGAUUCGAGAUCUGGUUCCGAGAGCGGGGGAAACAAUGGCGACGAGACCACGGAUGAUGAGUCUGACAAUUCAUCCUCGAAAGGAGACAGUGACAGUGCCGAUGAGAGUGAGAGUGACAACGAGAAUGAAAGUGAUGCUUCAUCUACGAGACGUGCCACAAAAGAUGCAGACACCAUCAAAAGAAAGCGCGAGAGUCCUAUCCAGGAUGACGAAGCGCAAAAUGAGAAGCCGGCGAAGAUCAUCAAGCAAGAAUUCAGUCCGACAAUGUCAGAGGACGAAGAGGGCGGCCAGCAGAGCGACAGUGAUGCAGAAUCUGGCCCUGGUUUCAAGGUACAAAACUAUGAGCCAAGCUGGUUUGUCUCAUCGAAGGCCAAAUACUGA